GCUUGUUGGGAGUUGUACUGUCUUGAACACGGUAUCCAGCCCGAUGGCCAGAUGCCCAGCGACAAGACGAUCGGUGGUGGUGAUGACUCGUUUAACACGUUCUUUAGCGAGACCGGAGCUGGAAAACACGUCCCGAGAGCUGUCUUUGUCGACCUGGAGCCAACUGUAGUAGAUGAAGUAAGAACUGGUACCUACCGACAGCUUUUCCAUCCUGAGCAGCUGAUCACUGGUAAAGAGGAYGCAGCUAACAACUAUGCCCGUGGUCACUACACUGUUGGCAAGGAUCUUAUUGACCUUGUUCUUGACAGAAUCAGAAAACUUGCUGAUCAGUGUACUGGUCUCCAAGGUUUCCUGAUUUUCCACUCCUUUGGUGGUGGCACUGGUUCUGGUUUYACCUCUCUUCUUAUGGAACGUCUGUCUGUUGACUAUGGCAAGAAGUCYAAGCUUGAGUUUGCWRUCUAYCCAGCUCCUCAGAUCUCUACAGCUGUUGUUGAACCAUACAACUCUAUUCUGACCACYCACACCACCUUAGAGCACUCUGACUGUGCAUUUAUGGUAGAYAACGAAGCUAUUUAUGACAUCUGCCGUCGUAACUUGGACAUYGAAAGACCUACCUACACCAACUUGAACCGCCUGAUGGCACAGAUUGUGUCUUCCAUCACAGCCUCUUUGAGAUUUGAUGGUGCCCUGAAUGUGGACUUGACUGAGUUCCAGACCAACUUGGUGCCCUACCCACGUAUCCACUUCCCAUUGGCCACCUAUGCACCAGUCAUCUCUGCAGAGAAAGCAUACCAUGAGCAACUGAGCGUUUCUGAGAUCACUAAUGCCUGCUUUGAGCCAGCCAAUCAGAUGGUCAAUGGUAUGUUGGAGAGGGUAUGGAAGAAGGAGAGUUCUCAGAGGCCCGUGAGGAUUUGGCAGCCCUUGAGAAGGAUUAUGAAGAGGUUGGAGUAGACAGUGUUGAGGAGGAGGGAGAAGAGGAAGGAGAGGAAUACUAGAGACAUCUUCUCAUCCAGAAACAUAAGGGUUGUUUKUAACACUUUGAAAUACAUAAAUGUUCAUUCUUUUUCCCUAAAAAGUAGAAACUGUGAUACAUAGUUAUAUUCCUAGGUAACAUUAGUUUUUCUUCAGUGUUUGCAACUUUAAGAACUCUUUUUUUGUACAACACGUUGAAUGAUYGUCUUUAAAUAAAACUGAGUUUGAAGGAAAA